UACUUGAAGGUAUCGGAAACCCUUGAGCUAAAAGUGAUUCCCUCUGCCUUUCAAAUUCGAUUUGGUGGAUGUAAAGGCGUUGUAUCACAGGACCCAUCUCUAAGUCAACAAAGCAGUGUACUUGUUAUUCGGGAGAGCAUGAAUAAGUUCCAAUCAGAGUCCAAAAAUCUUGAAAUUUUGCAGGUUACAAAACCAGGGAGACUCUAUUUAAACAGACAAGUAAUAACUCUUCUCUCUGGGCUGGGUGUCCCUGAUAGCGUUUUCUUGUCACUUCAAGAAGAGAUGCUAUAUAAUUUGGCAGAUAUGAUGAUUUAUGACAAAGAAGCACUGAAUGCCUUGUCAGCUUUAUCUAUUGACAUCAAAUUUAAAAACCUUCAGAAAGGAGGAAUUGUAUUCAUCAAAGAGCCAUUUUUCCGUUCACUGUUGAUAACAGUUUAUAAAAGCAAACUUCGAGAUUUGCUCCGACGGGCUAGGAUUCAGCUGCCGUAUGAAAAGGGUCGUAUAAUGAUGGGAACAUUGGAUGAAACCGGGACGUUAGAAUAUGGGCAAGUUUUUAUUCAAUAUUCAAAAGAUCCUGGAAAACAACAGAUUGAUUCAGUUGUUCAUAGAGGAAAGGCCGUGGUUACUAAAAACCCAUGUUUUCAUCCAGGAGAUCUUAGGAAAUAUGAAGCUGUAGAUGUUCCGGCUUUACAUCAUAUGUGUGACUGUAUUGUUUUUCCUCAAAAAGGUUAUCGUCCACAUCCUGAUGAAAUGACGGGGUCUGAUCUAGACGGCGAUAUGUAUUUCGUGAGUUGGGACGACCAAUUUUGCAAUGCAAUUGAAAACAAGGAACCUAUGGAAUUUCUUAAAACCAAAAAAGAAAAAUUAUAUAGAGAUGUUAUGGUUGAUGAUAUGAUAGAUUUUGUUGGCGAAUAUAUAAAAAAUGAUAACCUUGGCAUUAUUGCAAAUGCACACGUUGUACAUGCAGACAGAGAAAACAUCUUCACGGAAGCCUGCAAACAGCUUGCUAAAAUGCAUUCUGAUGCUGUAGAUUUUCCAAAGACGGGGAUACCUGCUAAAAUGAUCCGAGAUCUAAGGGUUGAUAAAUAUCCUGAUUUCAUGCAGAAAGUUGAUAAACCUCAGUACAUGUCCAAUAAAGUUCUUGGAAAGUUGUUUCGUCAAUGUCGUGCACUUGAACAAGCACAAACGAGAAGGGAAGGCCAUCAGAAAAUUAUUAAGAAUGUAGGACUUGAUAAGGAAUUGAUCUUACAUGGAUGGGAAAAAUAUGAAGUUGAUGCAGUUAAUGCUAGAAACCAGUACAACGAUAAGCUCAGACAAUUAUUGACUUUGUAUGGUAUAGAAAAUGAGACAGAAGCUAUUUCUGGUAUUAUAAGGAGAUUGAAUCCCAAAAGAGGAUGUUUAAACAACGAAAAAUUUGAAAUAGGUCAGAUAGUGAAGGCUAAAAUGUCAGUUGUCAGAGGGAAAGCAAGAGAACAGUUUUUCCAGGAAUUUGGAGGUGAAACAAACGUAGAUUUAUUAAAUAUAGGGAAAGAAGUUUUAUUAAAAGCAUCCGCCUGGUAUUGUGUUACGUACAAACAGAGUCCCGAAAACCCAGAACCUUUGCUGAGCUUUCCCUGGGUCAUUGCAGACAUCUUGACUGUAGUGAAAGGUGAUGAAAGCCAAAGAAGAGCAGAUUCAAAAUCUGAUGAGAAGUUUGAAGAAGACUUUAUGGGUAAUGAUAACUUGAUUGAAAUAGGAUCGUCUAUUUUUGAUAGAUUUUACCAUACUAAAGAACAAAGACAGAUAACUUUGAACAACUUACGACAUGUUGCAAAGAUUGUGUUAGAUCUUCUUGCUCCUAUUAAAGGAACAUCUUUUUUUCCUGUAGGGUUGUCCUCAAUAGGAAUGAUGGCAACUAAUGAAAAUACUUUAGAUAUCCAUGUAAAUACAAAACAAAAAAGAAAAGUUGUUUUUGACUGGAUUCGAAAUUUGCUUUACAGAGAGCACAUCUAUGUAGCUGAGCCUGGUACGAAUUCCAGAUACCGACUCCUUCUCGGGGACAAUGAAUAUUACAUCAAGUUUUCAACAGACGUUUAUGCUGUACGGAGAUCGACUUUUUUCAAAAGUUUUGUCGAACAAAACAAAGAAAUUGUUCCCGUUCUUGUUUUCCUUUUAGAUUGGGGAAGAAAAAUUUCUCUUGUGAACAAAGAUAGUUCAAGAGAUAGUUUCGAUGAAAUGACAUUUGCAAUGAUUAUUAUCAGUAGUUUUCAGAAAAUGAGAAAUCUUCCAAAGGACAUAACUAAGUUUGACCCAGGGAGUGCAGAGAACAAUAUAUUUACAGAAACAAUGUACAUUCCAGAUAUUGGUGAUAUAACAGCAAGCAGAACCAGAUCCUUUGCAAGUAUUGUAAUGCAGUUUUUCAAAGAUUAUAGAGCUCUGCUUGCAAAUCAGAUGAAGAAUGGUGUCAUUAAUUUUAUAUUGGAUCCAUCCAGUAAAGAUCACAAAAACGAAAACCUAUUGAGACGUUCCUUAAGUCAGAGUAUUACAACAACGCUGCUAAAUGAAAUGCUUUGUGGAUAUCAAGAAAUAGCAGAAAAAAAUAGCAUAAGUUCAUUCUUUGGGGAUGUUCAAAGCAUUGAUGAUCAUCUUGUGGUAAAUCUUCCACUUGAUACCUGGGGUUCCCUUUUGUUUGCUGAGGCUUAUGUUGAAAGACAGCUCUCUAAAGAAACAGGAGCAGUCAUUAGAAUUCGAAGAACAAAUUUUAAAGAAACAAAAGGAAUCAUUAUGGAAGCUUGGGGAAGCUCAGAACAACUCUGGAAACUAAACAAUUCGUUGCAAAAUCUUACCGAAAAAUCAUCCAAAUUUGUAUCUACACUUGCAAGAGAUAAAGCAUUUAUAAAAGGGGCAUAUGUUACUUUCUAUGAAGGAUGUACAUCGACAAGUGAUAUCCUAAUUUUCCAUUUGUACACAGGUCCGAUUCAAGAAGAACACAAAAAUGGAGGUCUUGCGGUUCUUCCAUGCCUGCAAAACGCUUUUAGAAUUCGAAGUACUGAACCAUCCUUAGAAAAUCUAGACGAUAAUUCUCCAGCUUGUGAAGAAUUUCAGCGUAUUUUUCUAGAGCAAAUAAAUGUAGUCAGAGAGGACUAUGACGUUACCUACCAUGGCAUUCUUCGGUUUGCAUUGACAUUUGGGAAAGUAUAUCUGGUAGAUGUAGACGUAGAUCAAAUUUCUAUUAAGGAUUUACAUGAAAGUCUCCACCGCAAACAAUUCUUCGAAAGAAAAGAAUUUCACUCUUCAAAUCAAAGGAUUCGCGGUCGUGGUAGGGGAAGGGGAAGGGGGAGGGGAAGAGGACAUGGAAGAGGAUCGAGUUACACAAACCUUAGAGACAAUAAUUCUGUGCGGCGAAAAAUCAGAAGUUCAUUUAUCCCAUCUGAUUGUAAGCUAGAGAAAGUAAAUGGUUUUCUCGAAGAAACUGGAUUCAAAAAGAAUGGAAAAGAAAAGAAAUAUCAUGUAAGUCUAAAGACUGGUGAGGCAGACUUUGGAAAGUCACAUAUAGGAUUAUGCAUCCUUGAUCGAGAUAUGCGUUUCAUUGAGUUUCGUCUGUCAGACUUCAAGUGGUUUGCUGGGGAUAUUAUUCGGUUAAAAUCCGACGACGAUGAAGUCUCCUUAGACGUCCGGUGUAAGUUGCAAUCCAGGCGAAUCCUUGAUGUGGAAUCGGUGCGCCAGAUGAAUGAUGUGAAAGGACUUCUUGAUGAAACAUGUCGUUUGAUUGAAAAGAACGGCGAUAAUCUUUGUGUCUCCCGAGAUUUCAAAGACAAGGUUACAUUUCUUCGUGAAAAACAAAUAAAUUCGUACUCCUAUCCCGAAUUUUCUAAUGAAGAGUGGAUCUGGGACGAUAUGAAAAUAAACGUAGCAACGAUGAAGCUGUGGAUUAUAGCUGUGCUGAUCAGUUUUGCUGGUAACAGUUUAUCAGAAGAAGACAAUGCUGCAAGACUUUUGGCCUCUAAAACAGUUUUAAACCAGUAUCUAGUAGAAGGCAGAGAUUUAACUGUAGAAUAUACCAUCUAUAAUAUUGGAGGAAGUGCUGCUCUGAAUGUUAACUUAAAAGAGGAGGGUUUCCCUGAACAAGACUUUGGGGUUGUCAAAGGCAGCUUAAAAGUGAAAUGGGAAAGAAUAGCUCCUGGCACUAACGUGUCCCAUGCCGUUGUUCUCCGUCCAUUACAGUUUGGCUACUUCAACUUUACUGCAGCUGAGGUCUCUUACAAACCCAACGAAAAUGCUGCAACUGAAGUGAUUGGAUUCACAAGCGCCCCAGGAGAGGGUGGCAUUGUUGGCAGCAAAGACUUUGACAGGAAAUUCUCCCCUCAUGUUUUGGAUUGGUUGGUUUUUGCCAUCAUGACCCUGCCAUCUCUCACCAUUCCAUUUUUACUCUUCUACAGAAGCAAGAGCAGAUACGAUACACCCAAGCCGAAAAAGAACUAA